AUGCCUUUAUUUCAUUUAGGCAUUACUUCUCAUGACAUUACCUAUUAUAGUUUACCUAACCAAGGAUCUAAUGCUAAAUCAAAAUUCAGUCUAAUGCUUCGCGAUGCAUUAUUAUUAUAUAAAGGUAUUAUUAUGGAUUUAAGUCCUACUUCUCUGGUAAAUGCUGGUAAAUUAUUAUAUCAAUUAGGUGUUGAUAGAACAUCUCUUUUUCAGGUAUUAUAUAGUAUAGCCUAUGAAUUCAAGGAUGGAAAUUUAUAUGCUCUUUGUGGAGGAAUAGUAGAGUAUGAUGGAAUAAGUAAUGAAUUACGAGAAAAACUAUCAGAUGCAAAAAAUAAUGAAGAGUUUGCAUAUAAAUUAUAUAGUUUAGCUGAAUUUUAUAAUAGUGAUGCUGGGUUAAUAAUGAAAUUAACAAUGCAAAUAAAAAAAGGUGAAACUCAUUAUGUUUCUAAACUACAAAUGAUGAGUAACUUUAAUCAACUUGCUAGACAUCAACUAGUUAACUUAGCAAGCGAUAAUUUUAUUACAUUACAAAAAGAUGAUAUAAAUACAACUAAUAUAUGGAUAGAAACACUCUCUGAUUUUGUUCAGUUAACUAAAAGAACUAAUCUUUUUAAUCAUUUAACACUUUCGAGUAUAGAAGAAUCAUUUCAAGAAAGUUUUAUUCCAUUUUUUUUAUUAGGAGAAUUAGCAAAUGAUAUAUCUGAUAUUAGUCCAGUAAGUUCAUGCAUUUUAUGGAAAUAUUUAUCAGAUAUUGGAUAUGAUUAUGCUACACUGAGUCUUAUAAGUAUUUUAUCAGAAUCUUCUUUAGCAAGAGAAUAUCAUUCUGUUAACUUAUCUUUAUUUAUAAAUGAUCUUAUUAGUAAAGUUCAACCAUCACUUAAGGCUAAGGUUUUAUCUAAAAAUUUUGAAGGGUUGUUAUAUAAACAAUUAUCUAAAAUAAGUUUCGAUUUAAAUAAGACAGAUGAAGGAAAGGCAUAUUUAAUUAAAGCAUCAGCUAGCCAUGAAGUUAAUUCAUUAAUUUCUCUUAUAUUAAUGUAUCAAUAUGGUGUGUAUUUUGACAAAGACGAAUUCCGUGCGAUUGAAUUAUUAGAAAGUAUUAAACCUGAAAAGAGUUUACAAACAUUUCUCAAAAUACCGGACAUUCUUUAUGAAGAUAAGUAUGGAAUGGCAUAUUCGUUACUUUGGAUUAACUAUUUGGUGGACCAAUUCUUUUUCAGAGUGUUGGAUAGGAUCUAUUUUAUUAUUGGAAUUAUCAUAUGUGCUUUAAUUUUAAAAUAUUUCAUUAAAAGAAUAUCAAAUAAUUAA